AUGGAGGCCGACUUCUCACAAUUUGACCACCUGGUCGAUAUAUUCGGCAACAUGCCGUUCAUCAAGAGAUACAUGGCUCUCGUGCUGGCUUUUUCGUUGCCUGCGUCGCAAAGUCAGGAAAGCGUAGUGUCAGAUCUGGAAGCGUCUCUACGGCGGCUGACCGCAGCGAUACCAUGGCUAGCCGGCAAAGUCAUCUACGAGGGCCGCGAUGACACCCAUACUGGUACUCGGAAGAUUGUGCGCAACGAGGGGAAGAUACCUCUUAUUGUGAAGGACUUGAGCUCAGAAGGUGUUCCAAGCAUUGAGGACUUGGCUAGAACAGGCUUUCCCCUGUCUAUGCUGCAAGCAGAGGUACUGGUACCGCCGAUUGCGCUCACGUGGCACAGUGAUGGCUACGACAAGCUGGCUCCUGUACUACUCCUGCAAGCCAAUUUCGUCCAAGGAGGCAUGCUGCUCACGAUCGCAGGCAACCACUCGACCAUGGACAUGACCGGAUUGGGCAUUGUCAUUGAGCACUUGGCCAAAGCCUGCCGAAACGAGGCCCUUACCGACGACGAAGUUCGCCAGGCAAAUGCAGAUCGAAGAGAAAUUGUUGCAUUGCUCGAGAAGGACUAUCAGCCAGGCAACGAGCUGGACGACUCUCUCAUUGUUCCCAACGCGCCUGCGAUAUCACUUGAGCCGGCAGAGUGGGUAUCUUUCUCGCUGAGUGGAUCUGGGUCGAGUGCACUUAAGACAGCCGCCGCUGAGCAGAGCGUCGCGCCAUACGUCUCGACGGACGAUGCCAUCUCCGCGCUCUUCUGGCAGCGCACCUGUGUCGCUCGAUCAAACAUACAUCCGGACGCAUUCCCAGCAACUUCGCUUCUCGCACGGACAGUAUCGGCACGUCCUUACCUUGGGAUCGACAGCUACCUUGGACACAUGGUCGAUUGCGUAUACUCUCGGCUCGAAAUUACCAAAAUGUCCCUCGGAGAUCUCGCAGGCAGGCUUCGACUCCUGCUCAACAAGGACAAGAUCAUUCGCCAUCUCCGUGCAUAUCUUACAGUACUCGAUAGAAUGGAGGACAAGUCGCUCAUUAUAAGCGGAGCCCAGCUCAACCUGAACUGGGACUUUGUAGUCAGUAGCUACGGGAACCUGAAAACUAGCAGAUUGGACUUCGGAGCCUCGAUGGGUGGAUACACGUUGGCAGUCCGUGUACCGGGCGGGAUGCCGGCAGCUCCUGGCUGUAGUAUCAUAUUACCCGCUGAUCGGAACGGUGAUAUUAGUGUUGCCUUGUGCGGAACCGAGAAGGAGAUUGCAGCUCUGAAGGAAGACGAUGUGCUGGGCAAGUACGCUGCGUACGUAGGAUAG